AUGGCGGUAAUGACGACUGGAACACAGUCCACGUCGAGCUGCUUCACCCUCUCAGUAGAAAGAAUUGGUUACACUUUUGCUUACUGUCUACUAUUUGCUGUUUUGCUGACUGGAAACACCUUGAUUGGAAUUGUUGUGUACAAAACCCGAAGUCUGAGAAAUCCCGUCAACUAUUUUAUUGCAAACAUCGCCAUAUCUGAUCUGCUGUUUCUUAUUUUCCUGAUUCCUCAGGUUUUAGUUCAGUUGAAUACCAACACCUGGCUGAUCGAUGGUCCUCUUGGCCAAGCAUUGUGUAAGCUGUCUGGUUAUUUAGUUGAUGUAUCAAGUGCUGUGUCAAUUCAGAGUCUCGUUUUAAUAGCAGUAGAUCGAUUUAGAGCUGUGGUAUAUCCCCUUCGUUCCACACUGAUUAGUUCAAAGCGCGGUCGGUUCUUCAUUCUCGCCACUUGGAUCAUCGCUAUGCUUGUCUUCCGCCCAUCCCUGUUUACUUGGAAAAUUGUGGAGCAUCCAGAGGGGCUGGCGUGUGUGAGGCGGUGGAAAGCGGCAGUUGGAGAGUCUUCGCUCAAAGAAACCUUUUCUGCCGCGAUGACUAUUUUAUAUCUGUAUUUUCCUUUGGUUUUUAUUGGCCUUCUGAACCUUAUUAUUUCUUUAAAAAUGAAAGCCAAUAAGAUUAUAGGCUUGCAAUCGGUAAACGUUAGAGAACAACGUUUAAAGAGAGAGAGAAAUGUUCUGAAGAUGUGCAUUGCGAUUGUGUUGGUGUUCGCAGUAUGUUGGGUGCCAUUUAGCAUCUGGUGGCUGUUGUUCCUGUGUUCUUCAGACAGAACAAUAUCAUCGUGUGGCUUUCAAUUCUUUGGGGUUAUUGCUGUAUUUGUGAGGCGAUCAAACUGUGCUGUCAAUCCUUACAUUUGUUUUAUUUUCAGUGGAAACUAUCGUCAAGGUCUUAAGUACCUUUUCAGUUGCUUCUCUGUUGGUCAAACGCUUAAUCAAAUUGCACCUUGGUUUGACUCCCAAGCUAUUACCUUAAAUUAUUCACGCCCACAAAGGGAUUAA